AUGUGUGUGGUGUGUGCGCGUCCAUCUCCCCCCUGUCUCGCAAAAGUUUGCUUCGUCGGCCGGGGGGUUCCCGGCCCGCCGCCCCCACAGCCGGGGGACGCGGUGGCGGCGCGGCGGUGCGGCGGCGGCGCGGGACUUGCGCGCUGCGCGGGACUUGCGCGCCGCGCCAUGCCGGCGGCGCAGGGAGCUGCGCGGCGCUGCGCCCCAGCGGGGCUGCUGCUGCUGCUGCUGCCGCCACUGCUGCUGCUGCCGCCGCUGGCCGCGGGGGCCGAGGGCAAGGCGCGGAGCUGCGGCGAGGUGCGGCAGGCGUACAGUGCCAAGGGCUUCAGUUUGGCCAGCGUGCCCUACCAGGAGAUCGCAGGGGAACAUUUGAGAAUCUGCCCUCAGGAAUAUACGUGUUGCACCUCAGAAAUGGAGGACAAGUUAAGCCAACAGAGCAAGCUGGAGUUUGAAAACUUAGUGGAAGAGACAAGUCACUUUGUACGCACCACUUUUGUAUCCCGGCACAAGAAGUUUGACGAAUUUUUCCGAGAGCUUCUGGAGAACGCGGAAAGAUCAUUAAAUGACAUGUUUGUCCGGACAUAUGGGAUGCUGUACAUGCAGAACUCAGAGGUUUUCCAGGACCUCUUCACAGAGCUGAAGCGAUAUUACACAGGAGGCAAUGUGAAUUUGGAGGAAAUGCUCAAUGAUUUCUGGGCUCGGCUGCUGGAGCGGAUGUUCCAACUCAUAAACCCCCAAUACCAUUUCUCUGAGGACUACUUGGAGUGUGUAAGCAAGUACACAGACCAGCUGAAGCCGUUUGGAGAUGUACCCAGGAAGCUGAAGGUUCAAGUGACUAGAGCGUUCAUUGCUGCACGGACCUUUGUUCAGGGGCUGACAGUAGGCAGAGAGGUUGCAAACAGAGUAUCCAAGGUCAGUCCCACCCCAGGGUGCAUCCGGGCGUUAAUGAAGAUGUUGUACUGCCCUUACUGCAGAGGACUUCCCACUGUGAAACCUUGCAACAGCUAUUGCCUCAAUGUAAUGAAGGGCUGCCUAGCAAAUCAGGCAGAUUUGGAUAUUGAGUGGAAUCUGUUCAUAGAUGCUAUGCUUCUGGUAGCGGAGAGAUUAGAGGGACCAUUCAACAUUGAAUCAGUCAUGGAUCCUAUUGAUGUCAAGAUUUCUGAAGCCAUCAUGAACAUGCAAGAAAACAGCAUGCAGGUGUCGGCAAAGGUUUUCCAAGGAUGUGGCCAACCUAAACCAGCACCUGCCCUGAGAUCUUCCCGUUCUGUCCCUGAUAACUUCAAUACCCGCUUUAAACCAUAUAACCCAGAGGAGCGACCUACAACUGCUGCUGGCACAAGUUUGGAUAGGCUGAGGACUAUCUGGAGGACAAUGCAACAUGGUGUAACAGACAUUAAAGAAAAAUUAAAGCUCUCUAAAAAGUUCUGGUCAACAUUACCUUACACAAUCUGCAAGGAUGAGCAAGUGACAGCCGGUCCAUCAAUCGAGGAGGACUGCUGGAACGGCCACACCAAGGCAAGAUACUUGCCUGAGAUUAUGAAUGAUGGCUUGACCAAUCAGAUUAACAAUCCAGAAGUAGAUGUGGACAUCACAAGGCCAGACACCUUCAUCAGACAGCAAAUCAUGGCCUUACGUGUCAUGACUAACAAACUGAAGAACGCGUAUAAUGGAAAUGAUGUCAACUUCCAGGAUACAAGUGAUGAAACCAGUGGCUCAGGCAGCGGAAGUGGCUGUACAGAUGACAUCUGUCCCACCGAGUUCGACUUCAUCACCACUGAAGCACCACCAGUUGAUUCUGACAGAAGGGAAGUGGAAGCUUCAGCCACACAGCCUGGCUGGUCACUGCAGACAUUGUUCAUCAUCAUCAUCAGUCUUGUACUGCAGAGACAGUGGAGAUAA